AUGGCAAUGGCAAACAACAAAACACAAUGUUUUAUAUGUAACAAAGAUAGAAUAACAUUUCCUUGUGAAGGAUGUUCAAAAAGAUUUUGUUUAAUACAUUUAACAGAACAUCAAAAAAUAUUACAUGAUGAAUUAAAUUAUAUUACCAAUGAAUAUAAUGAAUUUAUACAAACAAUCAAUGAACGAAAACAAAAUCAUUUAUUAAUAAAACAAAUUGGUCAAUGGGAAAGAAAUUCAAUCGAAAUAAUUCAACAAAAAGCACAAGAAUGUAGAAAAAUUGUUGUUGAAUAUUCACGAACAUGUCUUAAUGAUAUUGAAAAGAAUUUAAAAGACUUGAAUGAACAAAUAAAACAAAUUCAUCAAGAAAAUGAAUUUAAUGAAAUUAAUCUAAACUAUUUAACAAAUCAAUUAAGAAAAAUGACAGAAGAAUUCAAUAAUCCAUCAAGGAUUUUUAUCAAACAAGAACCACAAUCAUUUAUUAAUGAUAUUUCAAUUAUCUUAUCAAAAAAACCAAAAUUUAGCAAAUAUAAACAAAAUGCUAUUACUGUGGCUGGCGGAAAUGGAGAAGGACACGAAUUGAAUCAACUUAAUAGCCCUGAAGGAAUCUUUAUUGAUAAAAACAAAAAUAUUUUCACUGUUGAUGGUCUAAAUCAUCGUAUUAUUGAAUGGAAACGUUAUGCAAAGAAAGGAAAAAUCAUUGCAGGUGGAAAUGGCAAAGGAAAUUGGAUGAAUCAAUUAGAUCGUCCAACGGAUGUGAUUGUCGAUGAACAAAAUCAUUCGAUCAUUAUUGCUGAUUCUGGAAACAGACGAGUGAUUCAAUGGAAGAAUCAAAAUCAACGAAUCCUAAUUAAAAAUAUUGACUGUUGGGGUUUAGCAAUGGAUAAAAAGGGAUUUCUUUAUGUUUCUGAUCGGAAGAAGAAUGAAGUGAGACGAUGGAAAAUGGGAGAAUACAACAACGAAGGAAUUAUCGUGGCAGGUGGAAAUGGAAAAGGGGAUCGACUUAAUCUACUCAAUAAUCCUACUUUUAUUUUUGUUGAUGAAGAUCAAUCUGUUUAUGUAUCAGAUUUUAGCAAUCAUCGAGUUAUGAAAUGGAGAAAAGGUGCAAAAGAAGGAAGAAUUGUGGCUGGAGGAAAUGAUAAAGGAGAAAAUCUGAAUCAAUUAUUUUUACCUCAAGGAGUCAUUGUUGAUGAUUUUGGUCAAAUCUAUGUGGCAGAUUUUGGGAAUCAUCGAGUAAUGUGUUGGUGUGAAGGAAAAAAAGAAGGAGAAAUUGUUGUUGGUGGUAAUGGUGAACGAAAUCAACCAAAUCAAUUAAAUGAUCCCUGUGGUUUAUCUUUUGAUGAUGAAGGAAAUCUUUAUGUUGUUGAUGGUUCCAAUAAUCGAAUCGACAAAUUUGAAAUAAUUUUGUAA